CCAUACCAAAGGUGACUGCUAUGACACGAUAAACAGCUGACUUUUGCCGGGAGUUUUUGUUUAUCGUAGUCUUAAUAUUGUUUAAACUGUAAAAAUACAAUGGCCAAGGCACCCGAACAAUGGGGCGAGAUAUAUGCAGCCAACGAAGCCAUUUGGCAGGCAGAAGAACCCACUGCCAGGAGCAAACAAAAUGCCUGGCGCACACAAAGAAUAUUGCUGGCCCAAGCCACGCGACACUUAAAUGAUGCGAUCCAUAAUGCUGUAACCAAAGAGCAUUUUGAUAAACUGGAAACAGGCAGGAGUUCUGAGGAAAUCGUUAAGCAGCGCGUCGAGAGAUGCCAGCAGAUAAUAAAGGGGAGUCGGCGAUGCGGUUCCAGGCAAUCACUGGUGUUUAGAAUGCCCUCGUCCAGCGUAUUUGAGCCUGCUUGCCGGGGCACAUAUGAGAGCUGCCAGCACAAUGAAAUGGCUUUGAGGGAUUUGCACAAGCUACUAGCUCCUAGUGGAACUAAUGAGAAUGCCUCCCGUAAUUCAGUCGCACAUUUCCCAGCAACAGGACGACUGGUAUCUGCGGAAACAGCCACCAAUCCAAAUAAGGGGGUGCAUUUGAAUAAUACACGUAGUUGCAGCACCGUUUCGGCUUCCGCUUCCGCUGAGGAGUCCGAUCCGAAUUGGUUUGGCUUUCGUACUGCCCGCGAACAGCAAUCGCUGGAUGAUUUAAAGCAGAAAAAGAAUCCACAGGGUGUAAGCGCUCCAUCCGAUAUCAUGAAUUACAGGAAAAAGACUCUCGGAGGACGGCGUACGGUUCAUUCAAAUUAUGUGCCGCCCACAUUGCAAGGGCAGGGCCAAAAUGACAACCGCAGCAAGGGCAGUUCCAGUGCGGGCAACAUACCGGCUUCGCUGUCGCAUCUUGACGCUCAAAUGGUUGAGCAAAUAAUGGGGGAGAGCAUGCACAACUUCAAGAAUGUGGCCUGGGAAGAUAUUGCCGGCUUGGAAUCUGCCAAAUCAACAUUCCUGGAAGCCAUUAUUCUGCCGCUGCGGCGUCCCGAUUUGUUCACUGGCGUGCGCUGUCCCCCACGAGGUGUUCUGUUGUUUGGUCCGCCCGGGACCGGCAAGACAUUGAUAGCCAAAAGUAUUGCCUCUCAGGCCAAGGCAAAGUUCUUCAGCAUCAAUCCCUCCACCCUUACUUCCAAGUGGGUAGGCGAGGCCGAGAAGCUGGUGAAGACUUUGUUUGCUGUGGCUGUUGCCCAUCAGCCAUCCAUUAUCUUUAUCGAUGAGGUUGACUCACUUCUAUCGAAGCGGUCUGGCAACGAGAACGAGAGCACGUUGCGCCUGAAAAAUGAGUUCCUGAUACAUUUGGAUGGUGCUGCCACCAACGAUGAGCAUCAGAUUCUGGUUAUAGGAGCCACUAAUCGGCCACAGGAGCUCGAUGAGGCAGUGCGUCGACGCUUUGUGCGCCGCUUGUAUGUCCCACUGCCCACAAAGGAGGCACGUCAACAAAUCAUCGAAAAGAUACUCGCCCAAGUGAAGCACAGUCUUAGUUCGCCCGAAAUCAAUGAGCUGGCGGAGCUCACUGAUGGCUACUCAGGGGCGGAUGUAGAUAGCCUGUGUCGUUAUGCAUCAAUGGCUCCGCUGCGUUCGCUUACCAACUCCCAGAUGGAGGUUAUACAGCCGCAUCAGUUGCCUGCCGUAACCAUGGACGACUUUAAAAAGGCUCUGAAAGUGAUUUCCAAGAGUGUUUCGCCGGAGGAUUGCCAACGAUUUGCCGAAUGGAAUGAAAUCUAUGGCAUCAGACACUGAGAAAAGGCGAUUUUACAUUCGAAAAGUUCUUCGAGUUAAAAACUAUGCGGAGGCAGUUGGAAAAUUGCGUGCGAAGUUUUCUUAUUCCUAGAAUUUGUUUUCGCCACUUUUUUGGCACAAGAAGAGAAGCCAG